UAGUUGAAUGACAGUAUCAAAGUAUCUGCAAAAGUAGCAGAAGAGGUUAGCAAAAACAAAUCCUUAACCAUUUCGGCACUACUUUUCCAAAAUUCAACGUUAAUAUGGAGGCUAUUCCCGAUCAGAAACACUACAACCUAACGCAUUAUCAACAACGGUUCAAUUGGGAUUGCGGCAUUUCCUGCAUCAUCAUGAUCCUGUCGACAUCACAACGCGAAGUACUAUUACACGAUUUCGACAAAAUAUGUGCGGAGGAAGGCUUUGGUUCCAGCACCUGGACAAUAGAUUUGUGCUUCCUGCUACAACGCUUCCAAGUGCGCCACGAAUACUACACAAAAACGCUUGGUAUCGAUCCAAGCUACAGUGAACAUAGUUACUAUACGAAAAUUAUCAAUAAGGACGAAAAACGCGUUACGCGCAAGUUUCAAGAAGCGCGUCUACAUGGGGUACGCGUCGAACAACGUACAAUAGAAAUGGAACAGCUGCUGCAGCAUUUAGGUAGACGUGGGCCUGUGAUAUUAUUAACCAACGCAUCACUACUGACGUGUGAAAUUUGUAAAAAGAAUGUAUUGGAGAAAUUCGGUUGUUUCCAACUCUCUUGUAUCGUUAACAAUACACGCACACCACAAAGUUAUGCAGGACACUAUAUUGUAUUAUGUGGCUAUGAUUUGAAAUCUCAACUGGUUUUCUAUCACAACCCGGAAGUGCAGGACGAACACGUCUGUCGUUGCACUGUAGCGGCAAUGGAUGUAGCGCGGAAAGCCUAUGGCACAGAUGAGGAUGUCAUACUGAUUUUUCGGAAUUGAGGACAAUCAUCUUAACACUAAUGCUUGCUAAAAUUAUUUAAAGUUUCUGCUAUCACGUUUAUUCAGAGGGACGUAUUGCUUUCAAAAUUUUUUAUAUUGCUUACUAUUACUUGUUACACAGCAUUUACAAUGUUUUAACCAACGCAUUUAUUUUUACCGGCUUAACAAAAGCAGUUUCCUGGUUUUUAAUGACUAGUUUUAUUGACUGUUGCGCCUGCUUGUGCGUCCCUCCAGUAUUUUCUGCGUAAUGGUCUCCUGACUUUGCUCAUUUGAAACAGCAAAAGUAGCAAAACAAUAACUCAUUUAACCUCCUGUUCAAGUAUUAGGAGCCUACCGAAGACACUUUCAGCUUCAAUUUUACAGAAAGCGUAAAUUGUAUUUGUCAAGGGUGGCGAGCUAAAUAUUGUGAUAAAAUAAGUGCAAAUAAUGUGUAAUUGCUGAAACCAAGUAUGUGCGUGUUUAUAGUCUAAAAUGUUUAAAAAGUAAUGUGUUAAAGGGCAACACAGUAUAAAGAGUUGUAUAUUUUCAAAACAAA